AUGUCGUUGACGGCUGCCAUUGCGGUGCUCCUGCUAGCGGCCGCCGUGGCCGCCGAUGGUGGUCGGACGGUCAUGUAUCCGAAAUACAAGAGCGGAGGGCUGGUGUGCUACAGCGACCGGCGCACGGACGGUGGUGCGUUCUGGUCGUACGCCAACGAACGACAGCGCCGGCAGUACGUGUUCCACUGUCCUUCCAGUCUGUCCGCGUGGUGCGUGAACGUGAUCACCGGCAUGCUGUCGGUCCGCGGGUGUUCAGGUCCAACCGGCAUCAACCGGGCCGGUUGCUUCCACGUGACCAACCCGGAGCUGAACUCCACGUCCAAGGUGUGUCUGUGCAAACGCAGCUAUUGCAACGCCGCCGUCGCCGGUGGACCGGUCACGUGGCCGCUACUGCUGCAGGCGUUGUUCGUGGCUGCAGGGGAAGCGGCCGUCCCUCGUUGA